UCCACCUUUAUCAUGCUUUUAUUUGUAAAGUUGUAACCAGAUGAUGAAGAUGAAGAUGAUGAAGGCCUCACCUGCUCAGCUCCUGCACGAGUCAGUCUGAGCGGUGAGCACAUGGUGGCGCUGUGGAGCAGUCACCUGUGUGGCUGCUGGGCUCUGAUUGGUCCAUGAGAGUGCAGCUCCUGGUGUCCUGGGGACUUUUGUCUCAGUCUCGUGCUGCUCCUGGUUCCAGCUCCUGAGGUUUGAUGGGAACGUGGCUCUGGUUCUUCUCUGUGGUUUAAACUCUUCCUCCAUCAUGUGCAGCGGUCUGGAGCUGAGAACCCUGGAGGACCUGACCCUGGAUCCAGGCUAUGUGCCCGGGGACCCGUGCACGUCCCUCAGCCUGUCCUCCUCCGGCAGGUCGGGGCAGUCUCAGCCGCACACCAGCACUCCUCAGCGGGGAGCCUGGUGGCAGCACGCCGGCUCUCUGUCCAGCAGGAACGGCAGCUGGGACACGGUGAGCACGCUGCCGGAGGACGCGGCGGACGUCCUGGCCAAGUGUCCGUGCCUGCCGGAGCUGGAGGAGUGUCCCUGGACCGAGCAGGACCUGCGGGAGGUCGUGCGUAAAGUGCCCGGUGCGUCCCUUACCGGGGAGGCAUUCCGCCGCCUGUCCGUCCUGCUGCGGAGGGCUCUCCUCCGGGUGUCCAGGGAGGCGCAGCGGCUGAGCGAGCUCCACAGACGGUGCACCCGCCUGGAGGUGCAGAGCGCGGUCCGGCUGGUGCUGAGCUGGGCUCUGGCCGAGCGGUGCGUCUCCUCCGCGGUCAGGGCGGUGUCCCAGCACUGCAUGAGCUCCGGAGACACCGCGCGUCAGCGGGGCAAGUCUGCGCGCUGCGGGCUGACCCUGUCCGCGGGCCGCUUCUUCAGGUGGAUGGUGGACACGCGCGUGUCGGUGCGAGUGCACGAGUACGCAGCCGUGUGCCUCGCAGCCUGUUUGGAGACUCUGGCGGAGGAGGUGACCCGGAGGGCGCUGCAGGAGGCGAGGCGGGCGGCGGAGGAGGAGCAGGAGCGGGGCUGCGGGGUCCCCUGGAGCCCGGUGAGCGCGGAGCUGCUGGACGGGGUCGUGAACAACGACCCGGAGCUGUGGGGACUUCUGCAGGUGUACGAGCACCUCAUGUGUGGGAGGAAUGCCCAUGGUGAGCUGUCGCUGCCGGCCCAUGUGAGCCCAUACACGAAGGUUCCCGAGGAUUCAGUGGAGAGCAGGGAGGACGCUUACAUCGAGCUGGAGCUGCGGACACUGGAACAGGCGCUGCUCGCCACGUGCGUGGGCAGCAUCUCAGAGCUCAGUGACCUGGUGUCUCGAGCGAUGUACCACAUGCAGCGUCUGCGCAGCUCCAGCGCCUGCACGAGCCUCGCCCGUUCAGCCAAUCAGCCGUCAGUGUCCUGGGCCCCUGAUGCCCUCCGAACGCUCUACUACUUCCUGUCCAGCCCUCAGAUGGAAUCACUGGAGAGUCCCAACCUGGAGCCUCCAAGCACGACACUGACCAGAGAGAGGCCCUUCCUGCUGCUGCCUCCUCUCAUGGAGUGGAUCAGAGUUGCCGUGGUGCACGCGGAACACCGCCGCAGCCUUCUGGUGGACAGCGAUGAUGUCAGACAGACGGCCAGGCAGCUUCUUCCAGGACUGGACUGUGAGCCCAGACAGCUGAGGUCGGAGUGCUGCUUCCAGUCGUUCAAGUGUCUGGACGCUGAAGCUGCUUCGCUGAAGUUCCAGCUGGACCUGGGCUUCAGGAUGCUGUCGUGUGGUCGAGCGGAUCUGGUCCAUCAGGCCGCUCGGCUCCUGGGAGCGGAGAGCGUCAACACCAUGGACGACCAGGGAAUGACUCCUCUGAUGUACGCCUCCGCAGCAGGAGAUGAAGCGCUGGUGCAGAUGCUCAUCGAGGGCGGAGCCAAUCUGGAUCUGCAGGUCCCAGGCUGCUCCGUCAGACAUCCAUCUGUUCACCCCGGCAGCAGACACUGGGUGGCGCUGACGUUCGCUGUGUUGCACAGUCACUUGUCUGUGGCUCAGCUGCUGCUGGAGGCCGGAGCAGACGUGGAAGGUGGCGUCCUGCUGGACGACCAGGAGAGCUCCGCGGAGACGCCGCUGCAGUUAGCUGCUGCUGCAGGUCACUAUGAGGUGGUGAGUCUGCUGCUCGCCCACGGAGCCGACCCUCUGCUCAGAGUGCAUCAUGGGAAUUCCCUGACAUCACCGCUGUAUGAAGACAUGAACUGUUUCAGUUACGCUGCCGCUCACGGACACAGGAACGUUCUCAGGAGGCUGCUGCUGCAGCCGCAGCACAGGAAGGAGGAUGUUCUCUCUCUGGAGGAGAUCCUGGCUGAAGGAGUGGAAGAGGAGGAGGAGGUGAAGACUCCUCUUCCUCCUCCCGACUCCUCGAGUCGUGUUCCCAGGCUGUGUAAAGCCAGGAUGAAGGCUCUGCAGCAGGCGGCGUACUACAGCGCUGAGCACGGAUACCUGGACGUAACCAUGGAGCUCAGAGAGAUGGGUGUCCCCUGGAGGCUCCACAUCUGGCUGGAGUCUCUCCGCAGAGCUCGGCAGCUGUGCAGGGACGAAGUGACCGUCUCGCUCCUCACAGAGUUUCCCUCCAUCAGGACAGAGGACUACACCCCCGAGCUGCUCUCCACAGGGAUACCGCUGAUGUUCAGCAUGUUGGAAACCAGCAAGGAUUAUGUGAUAACCAAGCGUCUGGCGUCCGUCUUCUCUCACUGCUACGGCUGUUGUCCCGUCCCUCCUGUCCCGCCCAUGGACAUCACUCUGUCCACACAGCUCGAUGUUCAUUUCCUCAACAACCAGGAGAUGUCUGACGUGACGUUCAUGGUGGAUGCACGUCCAUUCUUCGCUCACCGGGUGUUGCUGAUGUCGGCCUCUGAACGUUUUCGACGGCUGCUCAGCGACUCCCCCGACAACAUCAUCCACAUCAGUCACGUGACCUACAGCACGUUCCAGAUGAUGAUGAAGGCUUUGUACUGUGGAGGAACAGAGGGAACGACUCUCUCUCAGUCCGAAGCCGUGAAGCUACUUCCUGUUGCCACAUUCUUCCAGGUCAGAGUUCUGCAGAGAAGCUGCGAGACGACGCUGUCGCGAAGUCUGACGCUGGACAACGUGGUCAACAUCUACCAGACCGCCAAGCACCAUGGAGCCGCUGAACUCUGCAGGUUCUGUGAAGGAUUCUUCCUGCAGCACAUGGACCUGCUCCUGGACAGAGAAGACUUCCACCGCCUGCUGCUAGGGGGCGCCGGUCAGCAGCUGCUCUGCCCGGGGACGAUCGUUCAGGACGGGGACGUGUCGCUCCUGAAUGAUCUGAAGGUGGCGCUGAUCCACAGACUUUACACCCUUCACCGUGUGUGUGGAGAGUAGAAGCUCGUGUGUGUGUGUGUGUGUGUGUGUGUGUGUGUGUGUGUGUGUGUGUGUGUGUGUGUGUGUGUGUGUGUGUGUGUGUGUGUGUGUGUGUGUGUGUGUGUGUGUGUGUGUGUGUGUGUGUGUGUGUGUGUGUGUGAAGUAGCCAUACUGUAAAGUGCAGAUGAAUCGAAGACUGAAAACUGUUGUUUUUGUUUUAUUUAUCAAAGGUUACGUGUGAAGGAUUUAGUGACAUCUUGUGGUUAAGUUCCAGACUGCAACCAAUAAUUACCCCCCUGUUUUUUAUAUUUCUUUGUUUGGAUUAUUAGAUUAUUUUUAGAUUCUAGAAGUUUAACUUGUGUCAGAACCAGUUGAGAUAAACGUGUAGAAAACGUCACCUCAGGCCACUUGAUAUAAAAGAAACAUAUUUAAACUUUUACCAAAGCUUGAGACGAUGUUUGCUGACGCGUGUGAAACUUUUAAAGACGAGCGUCAGAACUUUAAAUACAUGAGACGUCAGAUUCAACAAACUAAUUUAAAUGUGUAACUCUUUAAACAUCGGUGUCAGUAAAAGUUGCUAAGCUAACAGAAGCUUCUGUAUUUGAGACUUUAGGUUCUGAACUGAAAAUAGUUUAGAUGAAUCUGACGCUGCGUUAAAAAGGAACAAAGAAGUAUUAGAGGAAUAAGUUAUAUUACAAGAUUUAGGUUUGAGAAUAAUGUCAUAAUUUAACAAGAAAAAAGUUAAAGUGCUAUCAUAAAAAAUAAAAGCUGUACUUCAAUGUAAAUAAAAACAUCUUUUUAAGAAAUAAUUUAAAUUCUCGUAAAAUCACGAAUAUUACGACUUCAUUUUCAUAAGAUUACAACUAUUCUUGUGAUAUUAGAACUUUGUUUUUAUAAAGUUAUGACUUUAUAGGAAUACAGUUGUAAUUUUAUGAUAAUAAAUCAGUUUUCUUUUACGAGGCCCGGAUACGUAAAACAAUUUAUUGACUUUAACGAUCGACGUGUCCAUGUUAUUUUAUUUCUAAGACGCUGCUGCAGGUUCGUGGACCUGCUGGAGUCUGAAGGGAUUUCACACGAGACUCUCUCCCUCUGUGAUAAAUGUACAUGAUGUAAAUACUGUGAAUAAACUCGUUAAUAAUCCAAA